UAAAAUAUCAGAUCAUUGAGCAUUUUGCAUAUUUUAAUUUAAUACAUAUUUCAGUAAAUUAAUUUAUUGGUAGAACAUUUUCAUUCUUAUUACCAAUAUUUCCGUAAAAUCUGUAGCCAAAAAUAAAGAUUAAAAAAAUGCAAUAAAAGACACAUUUUGUGCAAUAAACUAGGCUACUGCAACUGCAGAGUUUUAGAACCUUCGCAUUUACUAUUUUGACCACUUGGUCUUCAUUAAGAUUUGCUAAGAUAAUGCAACUCAGUUUUGCCAGUUCAGUCAAUAAAAAAAGUAAAAAUCCUAAACUACUGUCAUUGUGGAUUAUGGUGUUAGUCAUUGAGGAAGUGUUCUGCAGCUAAAUAGAAAAUUAAAAAAAGACAUAAAAUUAAACUUAGGCUAUAGUACAACUGCAUAAUGUCAAAUCUGUUCAUGCACCCCUAAAGAAAUGCAAAUAAUACAGCAAAAUAAAUGCUUAAAUGGGUCCAAUAAUGAAUGAAAAUAGGCUAUGACACAAAAAAGGUUCAAAGUGGGUUAUAUUGCUGCAUAUUUGCGUUUUUCUAUUGUCAUAGAUACAUUCAUGAUCAUAUUAAUGCAGGCUGCACUGCAGAUUUCUGUUCUGCAUACAUCUGUGAAUGCAUCGGUGUUAAAGGAUUUUUUUUUCCUCCUUGGAGGGGUGCCUGCUCAGCAAGCCACGCAAAAGCGGUUCCAUCGAUCUGCGUGGGUUUUCCUAACGCGGGGCUCAGUCCCGUCCCAAAGCGGCGCGGCUGACAUGAACCCGUCAGCUGAUGAGUAGCUGACAUUUCCCCCGUUAUCAGCGGCUCAGAGCUGUGGGACCUGAACAUGCGUGUGGCGUUGCUCGCGUCCAUUAUAGCCGUGAUUCUGGCUGCGAGUGUCUGUUAUUCCAGCCGCGUCUCCUCCUCGGUCCUCCUGCCGUUCACCGACUGCGUUCGGAGCCGCGGGAAGGACGGCUUUUACCGGGGAUCCAUAGACGUGACGGAGUCGGGCAGCCGGUGCAUGAACUGGACCGAGGUGGCCGGAUUCGAGGAGCGCCAUCCGGGCAAAGGGAUAGGAGAACACAACCACUGCCGCAACCCAGACAGCAGGCUCAGACCCUGGUGCUUUUUCAGGAACCACAAAGGCAGGGUAGACUGGGGGUACUGCGACUGUAAACAAGGCUCAGUGCGCCUGCAAGGAGGGCGGUCAAAGCUAGAUGGCAGGGUGGAGGUGUACCUGAGUGGAGUUUGGGGGUCUGUGUGCAGCAAUGACUGGGGGGAUGAAGACGCCGCCGUGGUUUGCAGACAGCUUGAUGAAGGGAUCUCAGGUCGCGCUCGUGCAGUUCCUCUAUUCCGAACAAGCAAGACCAGAAUCCAUUGGAAGGAGGUCCAAUGCCAAGGAGAGGAGCCAGACUUGCUCCAUUGUCCCAAGACUACCUGGAAUGGAGAGGAGUGUUUGACGGCUGCAGCUGUCACCUGCAUCCAACAGAAAACAGUUGUUACACUUCCUAUGCGGCUGGUUGGAGGGGAGUCUGAGUCAGAGGGCACAGUUGAAGUCUUCCAUGCCGGGCAGUGGGGUUCCAUAUGUGACGAUCAAUGGGACGACAGUGAUGCAGAAGUGGUGUGUCGACAGCUGGGGCUAAGUGGUGCAGCCAGAGCAUGGGGACAGGCACAUUUUGGCAAAAGUUCAGGCCGUGUGUGGCUGGAUGAGGUGCGUUGCACCGGCAAUGAGCUCUCUCUGGAGCAGUGUGCAAAAAGUGCGUGGGGAGAACACAACUGUCUGCACUCGGAGGAUGCGGGAGUGUCUUGCCUCCCCCUUACAGAUGGAGCCACCAGGUUGGUUGGGGGUGCAGGAAGUCACGUAGGCCGUCUGGAAGUCUUCUACCAGGGUCAGUGGGGGACAGUUUGUGACGAUGGCUGGACUAAGUUCAACACACUGGUGGUGUGUCGUCAGCUUGGUUACAGGAUUGGCGAAACUCUCCUCCUGGAAGGGCCAGACAUACCUCCAGGCCCACGCUUUGGGGUGGGGUCAGGUCCCAUUCUACUAGAUGAUGUGAACUGCACCGGAAAAGAACCCAGCCUGCUGUUGUGUAACAGAAGGGAGUGGCUUCGUCACGAUUGCACACACCAGGAGGAUGUGCACAUUGCAUGCAAUCCUGAGAUUAAUGGAGAGAGUCUUCCAACUAGUUUUCCGGUAAGGCUUGCAGGGGGAGAAAGCACCAAAGAAGGGCGUGUUGAGCUCUAUCUGUUUGGUCAGUGGGGCACGGUCUGUGAUGAUGGGUGGACUGAUCAAGAUGCUGAAGUUGUCUGCAGGCAGUUGGGAUACAGUGGUACUGCCAAGGCACGCUUGAUGGCAUAUUUUGGCGAAGGGACCGGCCCCAUCCACAUGGACAAUGUGAAUUGCCUGGGUGGCGAGCGCUCAAUAGCGGACUGCAUCAAACAAAUGCCUGGCACUCACAACUGUCGCCACAGUGAGGAUGCUGGAGUCAUUUGUGACUAUGGUGAACCACACUACAGCAGCAAAGAGGUUAAAGAUCCUGUCGUCUCACUUUGUGGUCUGCGGCUCGUCCAUACUCGCCAGCGGCGAAUCAUAGGUGGAGAAAACUCUCUAAGGGGUGGCUGGCCGUGGCAGGCGGCUAUUCGUCUGCGAGGAUCCAAAGGUGAUGGGAGGCUGGUGUGUGGAGCAACUCUCAUUGAUACUUGCUGGGUUCUAACUUCAGCACACUGCUUCAAAAGGUACGGAAACAGCACAAAGCUGUAUAAAGUCAGGGUGGGCGACUAUCAUUCCCUGGUCCCUGAGGAGUACGAAGAGGAAUACGGCGUCGAUGAAAUCGUCUUCCAUCCGAGAUACCAUUCCCACAGCAACGACUACGACUUGGCCUUGGUUCACCUGUCACCCGGAGCGGUGGGACAAACGGCUGGAGAAUGUGUGUCAUUCAGUCGCCACGUUCUUCCAGUCUGCCUGCCCGCGAGGAAGGAGAGACUCCUCAAACAAGCCAGCAACUGCCACAUAACAGGCUGGGGCGACACAGGGCGGUCCUACUCCAAAACCCUGCAGCAGGCGCCCCUGUCCCUGCUGCCCCGCCGCCUCUGCCAGCAGUACUUCCACAGUGCCUUCACCAGCCGCAUGCUCUGCGCCGGCAGCGUGCAGUCCGACAGGCGCGUGGACAGUUGCCGCGGCGACAGCGGAGGCCCACUCGUGUGCGAGCGACCAGGGGGCGGCUGGGUGAUUUAUGGAGUCACAUCCUGGGGUCACGCCUGCAGGACGCAUCAGUCGCCCGGCGUUUACACCAAAGUCUCCGCUUUUAGCUCCUGGAUACGCAAAGUUAUCGGACAGGACCAGAAAAUGAGAUGAAAGCGGCAAUCGAUAAACCAGCUCAGAUUUAAUCAUGAAGACUCUCAGGACUCGAUCGGUUAUUUGCCAUUUAUUGAACUCAUGGUUAUUUGGAGUCACUUGAUUGGAAAGCAUUUAUGUAAAAGCCUGACUUGAUUCUUGAGGAAAGGUCAUAAGCACUUUUUGAACAAUUUGAUAAUCAUAAGAUGAAGUAUUACAUAAAAAACAUUUCCUUCUACGUUAUAAAACACUUCUAUAUUGUUCUGUCAAUUCUAUGUACAGAUUUUAAAUGUUUGUUUUUGCUUCUAUGUGUUAUAAUUCUAGGUCAAUGAUUUCCGAUGUUGAAAAGGGACCAAAAUUAUCGUCUGUUUCUCGUAAAUGCAAUCAAGCAUGAAGAAUAUUCAGUGGAAUAACCUGAAUGAUCAAACCUGCAGCAUGACGUUUAACUCUUCAGUGUUGAGUACUGUCUUCACUCUGACUUGUGCGUAAGUGUUUAUGGAAAUGUAUCAUUUAUGUAUUUUUGGAUUUUACCUCUGGUGUGAUUUAUACUUCAGGUCUUAUAUAACACCAAAAAAAAAGUAUUUGACCUUGACUGUGUGCUAAGUUAUGUUUGCACUGAACAAAAUGUUUUAUUUUCAACAAAGCACAAAACUGUAUUUUAAGUAUUGAUAUGUUGUCCUUGCACAGUAUUUCAUUGUUGCCAAACUGUUAACACUUUAGGAAAACCCUCAAAAAAGUUCAGUUUUGCUGUUCAUUUUGUGUUAUGUUGUAACAUCAUUUCAUAAACUAACUUUUCAUAAGAAGCUUGUCGGGUAUUUACUGAAGCGUUACGGCUAAUGCAUGUCUAGUAUUCCUGUGUGACGCUCGCUGCAUCUUAUCUCAUGUGUUUUGUCUUGUUAUGAGAGGCGACCGUGAUCAUGGCAAUGGAGAACUCUAGAAUGUUUUCUGUACACACCCUCAACUGAGACUGUGUGGCAGGUAUGUUGGAAUGGCAUUUAGUUGAUCAUCUGCACUCAUUUGACUGAUAAUGACGAGUAAGUUUCAGCAGUUUUUUUUGUAAUUUCUAAUGAAAAAGGCAAAUCAGUUUUUUAAACUUUAACAUUAGAUGCCAAAGAAGUACAUUUUUACCCUCUAAUUAAGGACAUAAAAAGGAUAGAUGUGUUAGACGUAGAGCCUGUGGUAUUUAAAAGAGCCUUUUGUGCAAUUAUCAGUCAUUGUCUGUAAAAUGUCACUUCAAGGGUGUUGCUGCUGAAGCGACACAAAGAGAAGUCAGGCUGUUCAUUUGGAUGAUCCUUAGUGGCAAAAAAAAAAAAAAAAUAUCACAAAUAUUUACUUAAUGAGCAACUCCCUCAAUUUGCUUCAUCACUUAGCCUGCUGUAUCCCCUUUUGGGGUUGCCAGAGCUUGUCUCGCCUGCUGUUGGGCAAAGGUGGAGUACACCCUGGACAGGUCACCAUUCCGUCACAGCAAAAGAAACUCAAUUUUUUAAAAAUUGAUCUGCUUUUGUCAUGACAGAAGUCCCAAUCUGAGGAGGAUCAUGGCUAAACUUUAAGUUGCACUUCGCCCUCUAGUGGUCACGUUGACUUACAACAACAUAUACAUGACUAAAAAUCUGGAGUGUUUUUGUGUUUGCUCUGAAAAACAUAUCAGCAAAAAAACCUAAAUGGUUCAUUAGAUUUCAUUAGUGUAGACAUGAUUAUAAUAACAGCAGUAACAGGAAACAUUUUCCCUGAUUUUAUUAAAUAUUGACUUAAAAAGUCAAUAAACUAGUAUUGAUUUACUUAACAUUUCCUGAUUCAUCUCCUAUUGAAAAAAAUAGUUAAUUCAAUUCAAAUAGUUAUAAACUAAAAGCUGGUAUUGUAAAAUGUAGUAAAGUUUGUGAAGGUUGAUGCAUGACGAGGUCAGAAAUGAAUAAACGACUCAAAGGCCUGAACCGUCUGACCCAAAAAAGGAGCACAGUUGCUUCCAUGUAAUAUAAGUUAAAUAUGGUAUAUUCAUUUCACAUAGCACCAUCAUUCUAUAUUAUUUAACAAAACUCAACUUGUUGCUGGUUUGUUUACAAAUGCCCUCUGAGAAUUAGAACAAUAAAUGUUUGAAUUUACAAUCUCGUAAAAAUGGUAUGCAGAAGCGGGCUGACAGCUCUGAAACACUGACCUGCUUGUUGUUUGGCACCUCGUAAACGAUGUUGUUUGUGAGCUAUGAGAUUCACUGAAUUCCUUUUGAGUCACACAGAAAUAGUAAAAAAAAAAAA